UGUCGAACCAAACGAAGAAAUGCUGAUGAGUUCCUAUUCUUCGUGUCCUCUUAGCUUCACUAUCAAGAUGAAGGUUAGAUAUAUGGAGAGGGGCGUUCUAUUGAGUAUUUGUUAGAAAAGUUUCUUAGACUUUUUUUGUCGGCACAUUUUGGCAGAUAAAGAACAAUGGACACAUAGUUUCUCUUACAAUUCUUAGCGGCAAUUAAUUUUUUUCUCACAAAAAUCUAGUAUGUUUUGCGGUGUUUCGUUAGGAAAUUACCAAGAAACUUUAGACGAUGCAAAACUUGCUCUUCAAUUGGAGCCAACAUUGAUUGAGGCUAUGGAAUACGGAGCCAGUGCUUGUAUGCACCUUCAGUUACAUGCAGAAGCCAUUAACUGGUGUCAGAAAGGACUGGCAAUUGACAAGAGCAAUGUUACAUUAAAAAACAUAUGGACUUGGUACAGUGGUGGGCCAAAACCAUCACUAGAAACAUUGGGAAAACGGAGAAAAGAUGGUAGUCUCCAAAAUCACGCCGGCCAAUUUAAGGUUAAUAGCUCGCGAGAAUCUAGGAAGCCCAUCGAGGACAUCGAGAACCAUGAGCGUCGUCUACAAAUUGCUAAAAAGGUACGAGACAAAGCUGGAGAGAGACAAGCCUAUAGAGAUCUUGGCAAUGUCUACUAUGGCCUUGGCGAUUUCAAGAAGGCCAUCGAGUAUCAUGAGCACGAUUUGGACAUUGCAAAACAAAUGGGAAGCAAAGCCGAAGAGGGAAGGGCCCAUUGCAAUCUUGGAAAUGCCUAUGAUAGCUUGGGCGAUUUUAAGAGGGCCAUCAUGUGCCAUAAGCGUGAUCUAGAAAUUGCAAAAGAGGUGGGAGACAAGGCUGGAGAGGGACGGGCUUAUAAUAAUCUUGCCAAUGCAUUUGAUAGUCUAGGUGACUACAAGAAGGCCAUCCAGUACCAUGAGCAUCAUUUGCGAAUUUUGAAAUAUGUUGGUGAUAGAGCUAGGGAAGGAGGAGCUUAUGGAGGUCUUGGUAACGCCUAUGAUGGCUUAGGCGACUUUAAGAAGGCCAUUGAAUAUCAUAAGCGGGAUCUAGAAAUUUGUAAAGAAGUGGGAGACAAAGCUGGAAUGGGUCGAGCGUUUGGAAAUCUUGGUAAUGCCUAUGACAGCCUAGGUGAUCUCCAAAAGGCUAUCGAAUACCAUGGGUAUGAUCUGGAAAUUGCCAAAGAGAUGGCAGACAAAGUUGGAGAGGGACGCGCUUAUGGAAAUCUUGGCAACGCGUACCAAGGCCUCAGCGAGUUCAAGAAGGCGAUUACAUACCACGAGCGUGAUCUAGAAAUUGCUAGAGAAGUAGGAGAUAAAGCUGGAGAGGGACGGGCUUUUGGAAAUCUUGGCAAUGCCUAUCAUAGCUUAAGUGAUUUCAAGAAAGCCAUUAAGUACCAUGAAUGGGAUUUGCAAUGUGCGAAAGAAGUGGGAGACAAAGCGGGAGAGGGAGAGGCCAAUGGAAAUCUUGGCAACGAUUAUUACAGCUUAGGCAGCUUCGAGAAGGCCAUCGACUACCAUGUCCGUCAACUAGAAAUUGCCAAAGAAGUGGGAGACGAGGCUGGAAAGGGACGAGCCUAUGGAAAUCUUGGUAAUGCCUCUUGUAGUCUAGGCGACUACAAGAAGGCCGUUGAGUACCAUGAACGCCAUCUAAAGAUAGCGAAGCAAGUAGGAAACAAAGUAGUGGAGGCGAAGGCCCAUGGAAAUCUUGGCAGUGCUUAUCAUCACUUAGGCGAAUUCAAAAAAGCCAUCAAAUACCAUCAACGUGAAUUAGAAAUCGCCAAAGAAGUUGGGGAUAAGAAUGAAGAAGGAGGGGCUUGUGGAAAUCUUGGCGAUGAUUAUCAUAACCUAGGCAACUACGAAAAAGCCAUGGAGUACCACGAGCGUUGUCUUGAAGUCGCCAGGGAAGUGGGAGACAAAACUGGAGAGGGACAGGCAUAUGGAAAUCUUGGCAAUGUCUAUCAUUGCUUAGGCGAUUUUAAAAAGGCCAUCGAGUACCAUAAUCGUGAUUUACAAAUUACCAGAGAAGUGGGAAACAAAGCUGGAGAAGGACGGGCUCUUGGAAAUCUGGGCAAUGCCUAUGAACGCCUAGGUGACUUUAAGAAGGCCAUCGAGUACCACUAUCGUGAUCUAGAAAUUGCAAAAGAAGUGGGAGACAAAGCUGGGGAGGGACAGGCCAAUGGAAAUCUUGGAAGUGCCUAUCAUAAUAUAGGUGAAUUUAGGAAGGCCAUCCAAUGCCACGAGCGUGAUCUAGAAAUUGCGAAAGGAGUGGGAGACAAAGCUGGGGAGGCCCGGGCCUAUGGAAAUUUAGGUAAUGCCUUUUGUAGCCUUGGCAAUUUUAAAAAAGCCAUCGAGUACCAUGAGAUUCGUCUAAAAAUAGUCAAGAGGGUGGAAAACAAAGCUGUGGAGGGAGAGACUUAUGGAGACCUUGGCAAUGCCUAUGAAAGUCCGGGCGAAUUUAAGAAGGCUAUCGAAUAUCAGGAACUUUGUUUACAAAUUGCGAAAGAAGUAGGAGACAAAGCUGGAGAAGGAAGUGCUUAUGGAAAUCUUGGCAAUACCUAUCCUAGCCUAGGCGAUUUCGAUAAGGCUGUCAAGUACUAUGAGCGUGAUUUGAAAAUUGCAAAGGAAGUGGGAGACAAAGCUGGAGAGGGACAGAUCCAUGGAAAUCUUGGCAAUGCCUACCAUAGCCUAGGCGAAUUCGAGAAGGCCAUCAAGUAUCAUGAGUGUGACCUGCAAGUUUCAAAAGAAGUAGGAGACAAAGCCGGAGAGGGACGGGCUUAUGGAAAUCUCGGCAAUGCCCACGGUAGCUUAGGCAAUUUUCAAAAGGCCAUUGAGUAUCAUACGCGGAAUCUAGAAAUUGCGAAAUAAGUGGGAGACAAAGCUGGAGAGGGACGAGCCUUUGGAAAUCUUGGCAGUGAUUUUCACGGCCUGUGCGAUUUCAAGAAAGCCAUCGAGUACCAUGAGAAUGAUCUGAAAAUUUCGAAAGAAGUAGGAGAUAAAAUUGGAAUUGCAGUAUCACUGAAUAAUCUUGGUAUGGUCUUCGAAGAUCAAGGAUCACCUUUACAUGCCCUCGAUUACUACAGUUCCAGUUUGACAAAGCUGAAUGAAAUCAGAGCUCAACUCCAGUUUAAAGAUGAGUGGAAGAUUAGCUACCGGGAUACGUAUGAUCUUGUGUACAAUAAUUUGUGGCGUUUACAUUUAAGCCAGGGUAGCGUUAUUGAAGCUUUGUGUGCUGCCGAGAAUGGACGGGCGCAAGCCUUAAGAGAUCUUAUUGAGGCAAAGUAUGGGUUACAAGAGGUACAAUCUUUGCCUCAUUCCUCAGAGAAAUCAGGUGGUUUGUUCCUUGGAUCUAUUCCAUCGAGAACAGUUUUUAUAGCUCUGGAUAAGCAAGAAAUUAUUUUCUGGGUUAUGAGGAGCGAUCAAGAUAUCACCUUAAAAAGAAAAAAGAUAGGCGAGUCUGUUUCUCAAGAAAACGCGGGAACUUUCAUUUUGACUUUAAAACGUACUGCCUUGGAAGAAAUUGGUGUACGCGCAGGUGUUAAAAUAGAGAAUCGCUCGCUUGAUGAGGCGCGUGAGGGCGGAUCGACGACUGACAGAGCCCCUAUCAGUGUUUCUCGAUCUUUUUCACCAAAGAAAAGCUUAAGAAGCUUUUAUGACCUUAUCAUUGCUCCUGUUGUUGACCUGGUUGAUGGAAACGACCUCAUACUCGUGCCUGAAGGUCCACUUUGUUUGGUACCUUAUGCAGCAUUGAUGAACCCACAGCAGGAGCAUCUGUUUGAGUCUCUAAGGAUCAGAGUGAUUCCAUCCUUGACUACUUUGAAAUUAAUUACUGAUUCUCCAGUGGACUACCACAAUAAGACCGGCGCACUUCUCGUGGGAGACCCAUGUUUAGAAGAAGUUCUCUUUGAAGGAAGAAAGUUGUGUCAGCUGCCAUUUGCAAAGAAAGAAAUAGAGAUGAUUGGGAGAAUCCUAGGAACGGUUCCCCUCACUGGCGAAAAAGCAACUAAAAGUGAAGUUUUGAAGCAACUAUCCACGGUGGCAUUAGUGCACAUCGCUGCACAUGGCAAAAUGGAAACAGGAGAAAUUGCUUUGGCACCAAACCCUGCUCGGGAAUCCCAUCAUCCUGAAGAAAAAGACUUUUUAUUGACCAUGGCGGAUGUGUUGGAAGCUCAGUUGCGGGCGAGAUUGGUUGUGUUGAGUUGCUGUCAUAGCGCUCGUGGAGAAAUAAAGGCCGAGGGGGUAGUUGGUAUUGCUCGAGCAUUUUUAGGCGCUGGGGCUCGCUCGGUUUUGGUGUCCCUGUGGGCGAUUGAUGACGAGGCCACUUUCCAGUUCAUGAAGAAUUUCUAUCAAGAACUAGUUAAAGGAAGGAGGGUCAGUGAAGCUCUUUACCAAGCCAUGAAAUGUAUGAAAGAGUCCGAAAAGUUCAGGGAAGUAAAGUACUGGGCACCAUUUGUUCUCAUUGGCGAUGAUGUCACUCUUGAGCUGAAUGAAACUUAUGCAGUCUAGAUGCUGCUCAAUGCAAAUAUAACUUUUUUAGGUAUCUUUUAAAGUCAAACAGUGUUAUCACUAGGACAAUGACAUAGUUCUUUGGGAGAAAUGAAUCAGAAAGCAAUUGUGAUGUUGUUUCCUAUUUGAAAAAGUAAGAAAUAAGAUAUUGAGUAGAAUACCUCAUUGGAAUUAGGGAGUUUAGAAAUUAUCUGGCCAGUUUUGUGUGGCGAAAAUAAUUUUUCUAUUGAAAAAGUAGUAAAGGAUCAAAAACUUUUAACCCUCCACUGAAAAACCACAUCGUAACAAGCCAUGAUUAGUGGUAGAUAGACUAGAUUGCAUACAUCUAUAUCAUUUCAGCGUAUUAAUGGUGUAAAUUUAGGAUCUAGUAAGACAAGUGUUCAGGUUAAAAAAAGGAUCGACGAUGAGAUCCUUCUUAAUUCGACUUGUUCAGUAAGAUUUGCAAAUGUCAAAAUAUGUAUAAAAGCUGCUAAACUAUUUUUUCAGAACGUUAAAUAAAUUGUACUUACACGUGACAUCUUUUAAAAUGCAGGUGACGGACUUAACGAUAAUAUAGUUCCUACAUAGUUUUGCUCAAACUUCGUUCACCAAGCUGGGUAAACAGUCUAGCUCUUUGUAAAAUAGGAAUUAUAUUUAAACUUAACUACCUGUAGAGCGUAGCUCUGAGAUGAUGAAUUGUCACAUUUUUACUACAAAUCGAAAACGGUAAAGCCACAGUAGGCCUCGAGCGUACUUUGCCGUAGUGCGGCUGGCUCGAUGCAGAAUGGUUCGAUACAGAAAGCUAUUAUUUGUAAGAGUUAUUUCCCCGUUCGAAACUAACAACUUCCUUCGAUAAUUCCAUUUCUCAUUUCACGCAGAUGUCUCAGCUAGAUUCGAAAGCGAUGAUGAGGAGCGAAACUUUGUGUUGUGUCAGUGAAUAACAUUACGCAACCUGUUGAACUAACUUGAACUUGUUAAGAUUCCAUUGGAAUUGGUGGUUUGUUUGAAAACUUGUCAUAGUUUACCUAGAAUAUUGUUAUACACCUUUUUAAUAAGCAGGUGUUGCAUACAUUGACCCUUGACAUCAAGUAGUUGAAAGAUUUCUCAUGUUUAUUUUAAAAUGAAAAUGUAUAAGCAUUAUAUCAAGGGAAGUGCUUUGAAUUCGGGACUGACUUUCAGGUAUGUACGCUUGGAAUAACUUAUUUCAAUUAAUUGCAGUAGUUAGGAAAUUAGCUCUGGUAUGGUUUUAAGUGCAAGCAGAAAUGACUGAGUUCGCAUAUACGGCUAAAACUAGUUUGACUUUAAAGCAGAUUUACCCUUUUCGGGAGGUGCAAUAUUAAAAUGUACUUCAAAUUGAGAAGUAAUAAUUUUCAGUCCUGAGCCCUUUGACCUAAUACUAGUCUUAUGCUAUUUCUUCCUGGAAUUUCUAGAAUUACUGAUUUAGUUCCAUGAUCUAAUGUCUUUUUGCUUCUCGUACUGAGGCCAUGCCAAACCAAGGUUGUUCAAUUAAUAAUACUUUUAUUGUAGCUAUUCUUUCACAACUUGUAGGAUGUUACUCUGGUAGUAUAAAUUGAAUACUAAGUAUUUUCCAGUUAAUUUGAGGAAAGUAGGCGUUAUCAUCGGUAGACCCUUCUCCAAUAACGAACUGUUUACUCUUGUUAAAGUAAAUUUAUAAGCAUUAUAUCAAAGGAAGUCGUAGUAGUUGGCAACUCUAGUUGGAGCCUGCCCGCAAACUAUAUAGCAAUUAUAAUGCAUGAUGUAUUUUGAGCCACUCCUAUUGAAACUUUAUCCGUAACAGUUUAGCUCACUGUAGAGACCCAGUAGUGGAGCAACGGACCUGGAAUCCGAAGGCCUGAGGCUCGAUUCCUCACGGAAACUAAGAAUUGUUUAUUCGUACUUCUUAUGUUUGUUAAAAGUGUUGAAUG